UUUUAGUUAAAUUACAUUUUAUUAUCACAAUAAUUAUGUAGUAUAAAAAGUACUAUAAACACUUAAAUACAAUAGAGCUUGCUCAUGCCGAUGUUGAAGUUCUUCAGAUGUUCUGAUCUAAAAAUACCUGUGAAAGAUUUGUCAAUAAUUGACAAAGCAAUUAAAUGUGCUCAAGAUCAUGACAUUCCUCUUGACAUUGUAUAUGAUUCAAAAUUAGUAGAUUCAAUUAUAAACUCUGCUGAAUGUGAUAAUCAAGUUAUAUAUAUAUGCUUUCCGUUUAAAGGGAAAGUUUUCACUGCUUUAAAUAAAAAGUCAUGCAGAAUUAUUGGUCCUCAGUGUGUUAUAUCAUGCUUACUGCUUGAAGUAUCUGUUCCAAAACGUUUGUAUCCAGUCUGCAAUGUAGCAAUGCUUGGUACAGUUGUUUGUUGUAGUAGUAUGAAAAAAGAUGAUCGUAAAAUAAUUCAUGAACUUGUAAAACUAAUGGCUGGUGAUGUUACGAAUGAUUUCACAAAUUCAGUAACCCACUUAAUUGCACAAGAAGUUGGUUCAAAGAAAUAUCAAGUUGCGUGUUCUCGAAAAAUUCCAUGUUUACUUCCAAGUUGGGUACAUUUUGUGUGGGAAAAAUCACAGUAUGAGCACAUCCAUUCUGAUAACUUUGUUAAAGAACAUAUGACUCCGAUUUUUAAAGGUUGUACUAUUUGUGUAUCUGGGAUUUUAGAUAUAGAGGAAAGAAACUCUAUCAAGUUGUUGGUAAAUAGUAAUGGAGGAUUAUAUUCAGGUGAACUUAAUAUGAAAACGUGUACACAUUUGUUGGUGGAAAAACCUCAAGGACAAAAAUAUUUGUUUGCAAGGCAAUGGAAAUUACAUUGUGUUAAGCCAUUAUGGUUAUAUGAUUGUUUAAAAAAUGGUUGUUGGCUUGAUGAAAGUCCAUACAAACUAGAAAGUGAAAAUGAAAUGCCAAAAAUAUCUGGUGUUUUACAAAAUGAUAAAAUUGUUAACUUUCUUGAAGAGUCAGUACUGCCGAGUAAUAUGUCACGUGUUGAAGCUUUAGCAGUUAGAAGUAUGAGUAACUCAAAAAUGCAUAAAAGUUUAGAUUCAGACUCAACUACAGAAGAAAAUGUACUUUUUAAAUAUUUUGAUCCUAAAAUUAUCAAUUUAGAUGAAAUAAUACUAUCUGAGCAUUCAUCAACUUAUUUUGAUGGUUUUAAAAUUUAUUUAUGUAAUAUUACUGGAGCUUUAUUUGACAUUUGUAGGAAAAUUAUAAAUAAUGGAGGUGGUUUUAGGUUAAACAAUUUUACUGAUUCUAUAACUCAUAUAGUUUUUUCUCAAAGUGCCCCAAAAGAGUUGACUAACUACAUAAAGGAACUCAGUAAUCAUUUACCCUAUGUAGUGUCACCGUUGUGGUUAAUUGACUCGGCAAAGAAUAACCAGGCAAUGCCAGAACAAGGAUAUUCAUUGAUGGAUACUUUAAAAAUGGAUGAAGGCUUUACUAGUUUUAAUGGUCUGAAUGAUGUUUUUAUGAAACCAAUCCAGUCAAAAUCUGCUGAAAAAAAGCAAGUUCAACCGGUAGCCACAUCAUUAAAUUUUGAUGAUGAUGACGAUGGAGAUAAAGAUAAUGACUUAUUAAAAAAUUAUCUUCCCAAUAAUCAUGAAAGCACAAGACUUUCUCAAGUUUAUGAUACAAAUAUGCAAAAACCUUUUGAAUCUAAUUUACAACCGGAAGAAACUAUUGUACCGAAUGAAGAAACUCAAACACAAACCAUACUUCAGAACAAAAAAUUCCUAGUACUUCGUUAUGAUACAGAACAAAGUUUGCGUAUAAAAGAACUUAUUGAAGAAUACUCCGGUUUGAUUGUUGAAAACUAUGAACAAGCAGACCAUGUCAUUGUCCCUCUGACUUAUAACAAAAGAAUUAAUAUAAAUCCUAAAGAGGCUACAGUGUGUUGGUUAGAGCAGAGUAUUGACUCUGAGGAGCUAAAGGAUAUUAAUUCAAGUUAUCUCUAUCGACCAAUUUUUUUAGCAGAUGAUGUCAAGCCAUUGAAAAACUGUGUUGUCACUGUCAGUCAGUAUACUGGAAUGGAACGCCAACACUUAUUUCAUCUUGCAGAGUUAUUAGGGGCUCUAGCUCAAGACUAUUUUGCUCGGCGUGAUGGUAAUGAUAUGGUUGCAAGUACUCAUCUGGUAUUAAUGAAGCCUGAAGGAUCAAAGUAUGCUGCAUCAUUAAAAUGGAAUAUUCCUUGCGUAAGACAAGAAUGGUUAUUUGAAUGUGCUAGAUUAGGAAAAAAAGUUCCAGAAAGUAAUUAUUCUCUUUUAUCUGAAGAAUCACCAGAAACUGGUAGUAGCAUGAAAUUAAAAUGUUUAAAUGUUGAAAACAACAGUAAAUGUGAAAACAAUGAAAAGUAUAUUGAAAUUGUUGAGGAGCCUGCAGUUGAUUUCAAAAUAAACAACUUAACAGAAAAAGAUAAAAAAUCUGUAAAUGAUUUUACUAAAUAUGAUCUGGAUUUCUCAAACUUUAAUAAAACGAUUGUUAAUGAAAGAAAUUUACAAUCAGGAAAUGUUCAAUUCAGAGUAUCAAGUUCAUCUCCUGCCAUUUCAAGUACAACAGGAUUAAUGAAUCCUUUGCAUCUAUCUUUUGAUUUCACUGAUGCAUUGGAUGCAGUAAAAUCUCCAGUUGCUUUAUCACAAGAUUCUUUUAAAAGGAAUCGUAAAAGUCGAGGCAGUUUGCCAUUUGAUAUCCAAUUUGCAGAAGCAAUGCAAAGAGCAGUUGACAUGCAUGUUCCUGAAAAAGAUCGAAAUACUUUUAUGAAUGUCAGUAAAGAUCAGAAUCUUAGUGUACUUUCUGGUGUAGUAUUGGUUGUUAGUAAGGCACUUGCUCAAAAACAAAUGGAGUUGCAUAAAAAAGCACAACAUUUAGGAGCUGAAUGUCGUUUUAUGUAUGAUUCUGAAUGCACUCAUUUUGUACAUCAGGGUCGUGUUAAUGAUUCAAAUAAAGACUAUAUGGAAGCAAAGCGCAAUAAAAAGUACCUAGUUUCACCUUUUUGGUUAGAAGCAUGUUUAUCUUCAAAUGAACAUGUUGAUGAAAUAUUGUAUCCAGUUACAUUUAAUCCUCGAAUGUCAUUAAAUGUUUCCUCGGUGAAGCUGCCUUUAGCUAAAGAAGAAGAAACAAAAAAUUUAAAAGUUCCACAAACCCUUACUAUUGAAAACAUCGCUGAAAAUGUCAAUGAAGAUUUUCAGAAAAAAAUGGAACAAAUUAUGGAAGCAACCAAGACAACAACAAAGAGUAAGCGCAGUCGUCGAACUAAUUCCAAUAACAACUUUGCAAGUGUCAACACAAGGAGUGGAAGAAGACUUUCGCAAAAUAAAAGCAGUGAAAGCUUAAAUCGAAGUGAUUUCUUUACAAAAAAGGAUGACGAUUUUAAUACAGAACAAUCGCAAGGUGACUAUAUAACAUAUGAUGAUCCUGGAAUAUCAGAGCGUCGACGAAUUUUAGAACAGCUCAAAAGAGUUAGUCCUAGUCAAGAUUUAGAAAAUUUUAUUGAAAAUUUGGAUAGCAGAAAUAUAAUAAAGGAGUGUGAUGAAGAUGGAGAACUAAAAUUAGAGAAUAAACCUCAAGCAAAUCUUUUAAGUGAACAUUUGAAAAAUAAUGAAAUUGAUUUCAACCAUGGACAGAAUAGUAGUAUAAAAAAUAAUGAAAAUUAUCAGUUUUUAUUGUCUGGUAUGACUGCUCAGGAAAAAAUAAACUAUGCUGCAAUUAUUGAAGAGUUGGGUGGUAUUGUCCAUGAUGUACAAUAUUUUAAUGUAAUGUGCACACAUGUUGUGGUUAGUGUCCCAAACAGAAACGAAAAAUUUCUUGGCUCCUUGGCAAGCGGAAAAUGGAUACUGCAUAAAUCUUUUUUGGAGGCAAGUAGAGAAUCAGGUGCAUUCGUCGAUGAAGUUAAUCAUGAAUGGGGUAGCCAACCCAAUGCAUCAGCUUUUGCAUGUUCAGCCAAAAGAUGGCGUAUUGAUUUAGCAGCAAAACGUAGAUUGGAGCCGUCCGUUGGUGCGUUUAUUGGUUGGGUUGUAUUGCUUUGUAUUGAACCCUCAAAGCAACUUGGAUUUACCAGAAUUUUGGAAGCAGGAGGAGCAAAACUGUUAUGUGAAAGACCGCCAUUUACUAACAUCCUAGGAGCUACUCAUGCGUUUAUUGCAGAUAAAAAACAAGCAAAGUUGCUUGAUUUUCAAGUUUUGACCGCUGCUGGAAUCUUAAUUUUAAAACCAGAAUACAUUUCGGACUACUUAACAGUAUUUCCAAUACCUUCCACUUCAAAAUACGUUAUUUCUGAUAUGGAAAUAGAAAAAGAACCUAGUGCAUCGUGCAAAAGAACAGUUGCCUCAAAGCGCUCUGAUGCAGAAAAUAACUCUCAACAAUUUACAAAAAGAACGCGACGUUAAUUUAUGGUUAAUAUAUUUAAUUUGUAAAUAUUUAUCCAAUCAAAUAGUGAGCUUUUGUUGAGCUCGAUUUUGUAUUUGUAACCAAAAUUAAAGAUAUAACUUCCGACUCAAA